CAUUAAACCAAAAAUCCUCUUCAUAUAAAAAGUGAUCUGCUGGAAUCACUUGAUAUCUGAAGAGUAGAAACAUGUCAGUCCUGCAGGAGUAUUUCAAGGAAACUGAGAUGACGACUCUGACAGAACACGCGUGUCGCAUCAAGGAGCUGCUUAGACAGGGAGUGGAGAAGCCCUACAAAUAUGUCAUCGACCUCUCCUGGGGUGACCCACACAUUGCGGGAGUGAAGCCUCUCACUUUUGUCAGACAGGUACUUGCCGCUUGUUUUUAUCCUCAACUAAUGGACGGCGACAAACUUCCCAUGGACGUCAAACAGCGUGCACAGAAGCUGCUAAGCUGGUGUGAGGGCAACUCUGUAGGCUCGUAUACAAACGCACCAGGUAUCACCGAAAUCGUCCACUGUGUUGCUGACUUCAUCACCCAAAGAGACGGCGGCGUUCCAUCUGACCCAGAAAACAUUUGGAUCCAUCCCGGCUCUCAGUGGUCACUCACGAACAUGCUCAGGGUGUUGGUGAACAGCGAAGGGUCACCCAGGAGUGGCGUGCUGGUGCCAGUGCCGUGCCACAGCACCACCCCCUUGUCUGCGAAGUUUCUGGGGGCCGUGGUGGUCCCCUACUUCCUGGAUGAGGAGCACGGCUGGGAGCUGCAGAUAGAGGAGCUGCAUCGAGCGCUGGAGUCUGCCCAACAAGUCUGCAAACCCGUGGCUUUGUAUGUCAUCAACCCUGGGAAUCCUACAGGUCACAUCCAAAGCAGGGGAUCCAUGCAAGAGGUCAUCAGGUUUAUUUUGGAGAAGAAGCUUUUCCUCCUCGCAGAUGAGGUCUACCAGAACUGCAUCUUUGCAGAAAACACAGAGUUUGUCUCCUAUAAGAGGGUUCUAUCCGACAUGGGUCCUCCUUUUUCCGACACACUUGAACUGGCCUCCUUCCACUCGGCUUCUAAAGGCUUCCUGGGGGAGUGUGGUCUUCGUGGGGGAUAUGUGGAGCUUGUAAACAUUGACCCUCCUGCCAUGAAAUUCAUCCAGGUGCUCUUCAAUACCGGCAGUUCUCCUCCAGUGGUGGGUCAGUUUGCUCUGCAGCUGAUGGCAGACCCGCCCAAGCCUGGAGAGCCCUCCUACCCUCUUUACACUGAUGAGAUCAGACACCUAAGCAGCACCUGGCUUGGUAACGUGAAGAAAGUGGAGAAGGUUCUAAACCAGCUGGAUGGUUUCAACUGCCAGCCCAUAAAAGGAGGAGCAUUUGCUUUCCCCAGAGUGCAUCUAUCGUCAAAAGCCGUCCAAAAGGCCAAGGAAGUAGGGAUGGAGCCUGACACGUUCUACUGUGUGAAACUGUUAGAGGACGCGGGCGUGUUAGUUAGUCCAGGAUGUAUGUACGGACAAAAAGAAGGCAUCUAUCAUAUUAGAUUUUGCAUCCUGACCCCUGAAGACACAAUGGAGGAACUUCUGAGACGUCUGAGUGGCUUUCACUUACAGUUCAUGAAGGACUUUUCCUAAAUUUAACCUUAAAAAAAACAACAACAAAAAAACAAUGUCUGUACACAACAGGAGGUGCACUUGCAGUCUAGAGCAGGGGUAUUCAUUGUUUUCCAGGCCAAGGACCUCCAAACAAAAGUAGGGAUGGAGCGGGGACCACCUACUAAUACAUCUUUUAAAACAGAUAGUUUAAAUUGAACACUGGCACUAAAAUAUGCUUGCUUUUUUGUUGUGUAGGAAAAUAAUUUUCUGAUCUAAACUUUUAACCGUUAACUAGCUGCUAACUGAGAAUGAGCUCUUAGCCAAUCACAGGGGAACCACCUGACAGAGCCAUAUGAUUGGCACAGCAGUAAUGGAGGUGGGUCCUUGUUAGAGGGACAGGUGACUAAACCGGUGUACCUACUUAAAAGAGCCUCUGUGUACUGACUGAAAUAAGUCUUCUGCCUCGAUUUAUAUGUUCAUUUGUAUAAAACAGCACCUAAAUCUGUGAAAAAUUGGAGGGGUUUAUAAAACAAUAUAAGAAAAUUAAAAGUAAAUCAACCAAAAAUGUAACGACACAGCAGGAAGUACCACCUUAGAAAAAAAAUUUGGCACCCCAUUACUACCAUGAUAACCAACAUUAAAUACAUUAGCGUAGUAAUCUUAAGUAUUCAAUAAAAUAAGGCAGAGUUUUAAUUUAACAUGUAUAUUUCAUAUUUUUUGCCACUGUAACAUUACACAGUUUGAACAAUACCACUGUUUGAAUGUAAGAAAAUAAAACUAUUUUAAUCACAUGAUUCUUUGGCGUAACAAGAGAUAGAGCCUGCAUACUACCCCAAAACCAAGUGUUGGGGUACUUGGUCGCAGAACUUGAGCAGAAGAGGGUAACCAUUAAUGCCUUGCCCAUAAGUACUCAGAACAGAAUCAACAUCCUCCUUCAUUCGGAAGGAGAUAAACACAGGAACAACUGCUGACUCAUGCACACAACGCAGCGAGAGAUUGGCAAAUGCAAGUGGACCUAAGCCAUAGUCUUAACAUUCCCACCCGAAGUCGCAGUGACCAACAUGCGGCCAGACUUGGUCCUCUGGUCCAAUGCUUGUCAAGUGUCCUCAUUGUUGAGUUGGCGGUCCAUUGGGAAGAUGCCAUUGACAAGGCAUACAAAAGGAAAAGGCUAUGUCAACUUAGCGGCCGAAACAGAGAAGCGAGGGUGGGGCGUAAGGGUGUGCUUAGUAGAGGUGCUGUUGAGGCUUUGUAGCCAGCUCCACCACAAGGCUCCUACCGGAGGUGGGAAUCAAAGGCCAGGCCAAACGGAAGGCAUCAAAGAUAUUGCCAUUGUCGGAAAGAGACUGUAUGGGCUGCGGAGACACCAGUAAACACAUACCCAGACUUGAUCAACCUGUGGAGGGUCAGCCUUAGACGAGGAUGUAUUGUGAUAAAAGGCCGAAACACUCAAUUAGUCAAAGGCACAACUUUGACGUGUGGUUUGGCGACCACUCUCGGCGUCAGUGCCAAUCCCACUAAAAAUAUCUCCAACCCCGCUUAAAAAGAUGUCUCUUCAGUAUGUACUGAUCUCAUCAGGGAUUGUAAGAAUCAAGUCAAAUUAACCAAAAAGCUGCUCUCGUCUAUAGACCCAAAACAAGAAUAUCAGUAUUUGUUUGUGGUGGCCUGCUAUGAAUAAAUUUGGACCGCCAAUUAUAGAUGUUUAUGUGGACUCUUAUUUUGAAACCUUUUACUUUAAGUGUCACAACCGCUUCUGCUUAUGUUAUGAUUUGCAGCUUGCUGUUAGUGCAAAAGUAAUUCCGACUGAGUAUAAGAAAUGUAUUUGAAUUAUAAAAAGUGUAUGUGAGUUUUUUUUAGUGGUUUUCAUAUCAUUACAGUCAGAUGACCGCUGUGUUUAUUUUGUAGCUAGCAUCGGUCUGCUAAAUAAUUAACUCUUAUGGAUAAUUUGCACAGGCAGAUUUAAGACUAAAGUUUGACACAAAUUAUGUUAUUUAAACAAUAUCUUGUAGUUGUGUAUUUCAGAUACUAAAACUAUUUUGAGUCAGUUAUGUCCAGUUAUAGUUUUCAGGGACCUGUCACACAGCCUGCAAGACGAGUGCAGUCCUGUGGAGAAGAGUUAAUAUGAUUAAAAUGUUAGCUAAUAAAACAGAAUUUUGAUUGAUUUCCACU